AUGGCUACUGAAAACAGGACAGAAGUGACUGAAUUUGUGUUGUUGGGAUUGUCCAGUAGGCCAGAGAUGCAGCCAGUUAUUUUUGGAGUUGUCCUUAUCAUGUACCUAAUGGCAGUUUUGGGCAAUACCCUACUAGUACUAGUUGCUUGCUCAGACCCCAAGCUUCAGACACCCAUGUACUUCCUUCUCAGCCAGCUUUCCUUGAUUGACAUAUCUCUAACAACUAUCAUUGUGCCCCAGAUGCUGGUGCACACACUCUCUGUAAACAGAACCAUUUCCUAUAACUGCUGCAUGACACAGCUCUUUUCCUUUAUGACAGUGGGCAGCAUGGAAGUUCACUUGCUUGGUGCAAUGGCAUAUGACCGCUAUGUUGCCAUUUGUGACCCUUUAAGAUACUCUGCCAUUGUCAGCCAUAGCCUCUGUCUGCGAAUAACACUGACCUCAUUGGUAGUAGUCAGCCUUAACAGUCUCCUGUACAGUGUGUUGGUCACUCGUUUAACCUUCUGUGGAAACCAGGUCACGCACUUCUUCUGUGACAUCACUCCUCUGCUGAAGCUCUCCUGUACUCGACCAGUGAUCAAUGAAAUGUUAAUCUUCACUGAGGGUGUAGCUGUGGUGGUAAGCCCCUUUUUCUUUAUUUUUGGCUCCUAUGUUCGCAUAGGUAUUGCUAUAGCCCACAUGCACUCAGUAGCUGCCCUGCAGAAAGCUCUGUCCACUUGUAGCUCUCAUAUUCUGGUUGUGAUGUUUCUCUUUGGUUCUUUGGUUCACAUGUACCUCAAGCCAUCAUCCAGCUACAAUCUAGAACAAGAUCGCCAGGUUGCCAUCUUUUACACGCUCAUCUCCCCUAUGUUAAAUCCACUAAUCUACAGCCUCAGGAACCAGGAAGUUAAAGGAGCUCUCAGAAGACUUUUAAGGAAACUGCAUCUUAGGCAGCUUCCAGCCUGGAUUUCUGGCAAAGAAUCCCAGUGA